AGAAACGCUAGGUUUGCCAAACCGACGAGCCAAAGGGGGGCUAUAAAGAAAUAAAAUCCCCAAAAAGCCCCUAUCUCCUUCCCUUAUUUUCCAAACAAUGCCAUCAAAUUCUUCCCAGUCUCGCAGAUCAAGCGCCAGCGGUCCUGUCCUUCGUUCCAUGUCACCGUGCGGAAGAUAUCCAAACACAACGCCAACGGCGUCGUAUUAUAUCAACGACGUCGCUUCGAUAAAUUCAUCGUCUUCCCUCUCGUCGUUUGCUUCGUCAACAAGCUUAAGUUUCUAUUCUUCUUCACCGCAAACAGCCUUCUUCACCGGCGGUAAUAUUAAUAAUGAUAAUAAUAUUAAUAAUCAAUAUCAAUAUGCCAGAUCAUCGUCGCCGACACGUGUCAAUCUCUAUACGACGUCGUCUUCGCCUUCGCCGUCCUUUCGGUUCUCAUUAGGUCACAGAUCUAGCUCCCCCAGCCGUUCUAUUCCGUCCGUCACCGUUACUAAACAGACUCAUAAAAAAGCCUGUAUGUGCUCUCCAACUACACACCGUGGCUCAUUCCGUUGCAGUUUGCAUAAGAAUAACGGUAACGGCGUUAACGGUCAACACAGCGGAAACGGGUCGGGUUCUUAUACGCCGAACAGGCUAAACAUGAGGAGAUCGGCGAUGAAGAAUUCGAUUGUGAGAAUCGGCGGUGUCGAAGGUGACUGGGUCAAAAGAGCGUUAACGGCGUUGAUUCGCCCGUCUUCUCAUCAGCAACGGCGUCGUGGGGAUUUCCAAUCGCGGCCGAGUCGUCUGUCUAUCAUGUCGAAAGCUGGCGAUGAUGUGAUUAGUUGAUUGGUUUGAUUUGAUUACAGGUUUGCUGUUUUAUAUGAAUAGACGAGUCAUGCGCCGAGUCAACUCGGGCGAGUUGAAUACGGUCUGACCGAACCGGAUGGCGAUGGAGUCGUCGAGUACGAGUUGUUGUAAAUCAGAGGCUCUGAUUGGUGUUUUUAUGUGUGUACAUAAAUAUGAUUUACUAUGGAAAAAAGAAGAUUUUGGGACAUUAAAUUAAAUUAACCAAUUAAGAUCCAAUUUUAAAAAGAAUUCAAAAUUAACAAAUCUGGAAAUUCAGUUUACACUUCAAUCAAAAAGAAGAACAUUUUCCGUUAACGUCCGAUUGAAUUCGGUUUGGUUACUCCGUUGUGUUUUCCGUUCGUUGUAACUGUCAACCGUCAUCCAUUUGGAGGGUAUGGAGAAGACUGGGAGCUAUGGUGGAAUUUAUUAUGUGACCUGAAUUUUUAUGAACUGAAAACAUAUUAUUGUUACAAGGACGUGGAGAUUUGAAAAGAUUUGGAUUAUUGCACUAAGUUUAAUAUAAUCUAUAAAAUGAUUUAUUAUUUGAAUGA